AUGUCUAUUUCACAAGGACGUCUUGAAGAAUUAGAGGUAUUGCGAACUAAACUAGAUGUUUCUUUCGACUUGGUUUCUUCUUUAGUAGAUUCUUGGAUUGGAAUGAAUGGUAUUAAGAAUAAAGCAGUUUCAGAGAUGAUACUUAAACGUAAAUUAACACAAAAGAAUUUUCGAAAAUAUAAGGAUCCCAAAAAUGAUAAUUUGAAACGUACAAAUAAAAAUGAUGAAGAGGAUUUAAAAGAAGAUAGUAAAACUUCUAUAGUUUUAAAGAAAUCAAAUAGUAGCGAUAAUUUUUACACCAUGAAAGUUACAAAGCUUCAACUCGGUGUAUAUGCCAACCGACAACCAUUUUGUCUAUACUUAUUUCCUUUGGUGGCUACCCCUCCGUCACCUUCAAGGACUACUGUAUAUCAACUAUUUUAUCGUUUAAGGGACAUUGAUGUUAUAUUUUUUGAAUCACAAAUAGGAUUCAUAUAUAAUUCAGGAAAGAUUCCUCAAAUUUAUUUUGAUACACCUGGAUAUUGUUUCUAUGAACGUUCUGGUGAUAUAUAUUUAGCUGCUCGUGCUAUAAGUGAAACUGGAACUAGGUUAGGAAAUCAUUUGCUUGCCGAAUUUUGCAAGUAUGGUCGAUCAGAUAUAAUAUCGGGAAUGGCCGAUAAAUUAUUAGAAAGUGUUGAUAUAAGUCGUGCAUCUGCUGUAGAAGCAGAGUUCGAAUUUUUUACAGCAGAUUCAUCAUUUCCUCUCGCAAAUAUUGAACUACCACCGAUCAGCAGGAAGCGCAUGUCCCUUGAUGCAGUUUUAGAUAAAAAUGAUAAUACUAAUUAUAGGUAUGCCUCGCCGGUCGAACACACAGUCUCGCCCUCAGGAUCAGAUCGAGAAACACCGAUUAAACAAGAACCAUAUUCUGAAAGCGAACAUUCCAACUCUUCACCAAAUAAUUCACCUAAAUCACCACAUUCACCUUCGUCACCAUUACUUUCUGGUGAAGUAGCAGUUGAAGAAGAAACUAGAACAAAUAAAAGGAGACGUGUUGUUGCAUCAGCUAUAGGAUCUAAUAAUAUAAAAGUUACUAAUAAUCCAGAAGUUAUGGAACAGCUCAAAGAUCAACAAACACAUCUUCAAGAAACACAUCACAAGCGAAACUCCGUUUCAAAUAGAAGUAAUCGUAAUUCAAGAAAUCUUAGUGUUUUUGCUCCACCUUAUAAUGAUGGUUCAAUCGUGGUAUCUUCCGCCUCAUCUUGCGUUAAUAAAGUUCGCGGACAAAAUUCUGCUGGUCUAAAAUAUCAUGUACAAUCACCUAUGACAGCUCCAAUUUCAUUAAAUAGAUCAGCUCAAAAUAGACAGAGCGUUUCUGGAUUUCCUUUAUCAGCAAAUUCGGCUUUUCUUCCUACAAGCCAAUCUUUAAAUACACAUUCUGCUUCUACAAGUGCAAGUAUAAAUGGACUUAUUUCUCCCAAUAAUAUAGAUGAUGUUCGAUCCGGUAGAAUUUCUUCUCCUCUUCCCAGUCCUCAUCCAUCUCGUAUUUCUAUGCCUGUUACAAACCCAGCAUUACAUUCAAAUGGAGAACAACCAUCCAAAAAAUCUUUUAUUCGUCUUUUUGAUUCAUUUUAUGAUACAGUAGCUGACACUCGAUCACUUAAAACUACACUUGAAGAUCAAAUUCGUAAAACCACUACCCUUCUUCAAACGCUUCAAGCUUCAGGAAGUAUGAUUGAAAGUUUAGUUCGUGGACAUUUUCGUGAAAUGCAAAGGGAAGUUGUCAAUGAUUUGAUGACUUUAGAAAAACGCCUUUCAAAGGUUGAAGAACGUAUACGUAAUAGCGCAGCUGUUGUAGGAAUGGGUCCAAGUCCGCCAUUAGAUCCCGAUAGAAGACUAAGCGACAUUAGCACAGCAUGUAGUGAUAUAGGACUUAGUCAUAAUAAUCAAGAUGCAAAUAAUAAUUUAUCUGUUAGUCAACUUACCAACUCUAGUCCACCAUUGUCUGCUGUUUCUUCAAGUAAUGGAUAUGAGGAUUCUCAAACCAAAGAUUAUGAAGAUAUUUUGAGUGGUUUGAAAGCCCGACUAGAAUCUCUGGAAAGGCGUAUAUCUGUUUCUUAA